UUCCAGAUGAUUUUUCCUGCAUGGAGGCUGACUACAUGCACGAUUCUACACAGGGAUACGAAUCGGACAUCAUGUCGUAUCUCGAAGGCAGUGCUGAGAGAAACAGGCCAAACAGCUUGGCGGAAGGUUAUCAUUUUCCGGGUCGUGCCUACGGAAGAGCAGACAAUAGCGACAGUUACAAAAUGUAUACAAGUACACCGAAAAGAAAUCAAAGGACAACUAGAGCAGAAGCGUUUGAAAUGCCUGACGGGUCUAAAAUGUUCAACGUAACAUUAGAAGAGUGCUUGAAAUUCGGACGAAGAUUGAGACACACCAGUGACGUCAGGGACAACGAUGGAUGUCAAAUAAUGCAAUUGGUUCGUAAAAUUGAUGAAAAACCGAACGGGGCAAGACACAGAAUCGACAUUGCUAGGAGGUGGCUUGAUAUGGAUGACGACGACGAAGGCGGGUGUAAUUAAAAAUUGUAA